AUGCCCCACACCAGGCUGCUGCUCCUCCUCGCCGCCGAGACCGGCCAGGCUCUCCGCCUCUACAACGCCGCCUCCAUCUUCAGCUGCCUCAACGCAGCACUCGACGAAGCCCAGAAGAGCCGUCCAGAGGAAAACGCCGUCUUGGACAAGCGCGGCUUCGACUCCCCAUCGCCAGAGGAGGCAUCUGAGGAGGAGGAGAAGGAGGAAGCAACGGAUGAAGACAUGGGGAAAAGGACGUUCCCAGGGGAAGGCCAUUACAAAUACGUUUCCCAAGCACAGGUGAAGGGUAAGGCGUACCAAAACCGGGCCAAGAGCGACCGCCGCACCAAGGUCACCCUCUCCCUUGACGUCCCCACCAACAUCAUGAACAUCCUCUUCAACAUCGCCAAAGCCAAGAACUUGCGGGCGAAGGCCGCUGCCAACGCGCACCUCAUGGCCCAAAUCGGGCGGAGGAAGUGA